GGCGUCUCAGCCCUACAGGGGAAGCUCACCACAGUCCGAAACCCACACCACCUUAAAAAGACUGAUUCGCAGAGCUCGACAGCGCACAGCCGAAGCGAGAGAAAGCAAGCCAACUAAAGCCGCGGGGAGAGACGAAGGGUCACGGGUUCAUCUUGAAAGCUGAACUAUAACUUCCAUCUCUCUUUCCUUCUCUUCUCUCUCUCUCUCUCUCUCUCUCGCUCGCGCUUUGUUUCCAAGACAGACAGACAGACACAUAUUCCCUCCUCUCACACACCGUCCGAGGCCACCAAGAGAACAAACAAAACCCACCAUCGCACGACCUCACACGCACUCCCGCACCUGUCACAUGCUCCCUCCCUCCCUCCCGAAGAACCCAAGCAGACACGCUCCGGCUCCACUUUCAUGGAGAUCGAGUGCUGGGGCACUGCAGAUGGCGGCGACGGAGUGGUGGAGGGGAACAGACCCGUGCCGGCGCCGUUCCUGACCAAGACCUACCAGCUGGUCGACGACCCCGCCACCGACCACGUCGUCUCCUGGGGCGACGACCGCUUCUCCACCUUCGUGGUGUGGCGGCCACCCGAGUUUGCACGCGACAUCCUCCCCAGCUACUUCAAGCACAACAACUUCUCCAGCUUCGUCCGCCAGCUCAACACCUACGGGUUUCGCAAGGUGGUGCCUGAGAGAUGGGAGUUCGCCAACGAGUUCUUUCGUAAGGGGGAGAAGCACUUGCUAUGCGAGAUCCAUCGUCGUAAGACGGCCUCGGCUUCCUCCUUGUUUCCGUUGCCCUCGUCUCCCUCUCUGUUCCCUCUCUACCACCAUCAUGCUUUCGACGACCAACAGCUUCCAAGUCCCCAUUGGCGCGAGGUCGCAUCGCCACGCCUCCUUGUCCUCGGGACUAACAGUUUUGUCGGUGGUAACGAUACUGUUACGAGGGGAGGACGACAAGGGCCGGCGACGGCGACCGCAUUGAUAGAGGAGAACGAGAGGCUGCGUCGGAGCAACGCGGCGCUGAUGUCGGAGCUGUCUCACAUGCGGCAGCUCUACAACGACAUCAUCUACCUAGUGCAGAAUCACGUCCGGCCCGUCGCCCCCAGCUCCGCCGCCGCGGCCUCCGCCAACUUUCUCCUCUCCUCCGCCUAUAACCAGCGCAGGGCGGGCCUCAACUCGGGCAGCACCACGUCCAGUAGCUCCCUCACGAUCGCCGGAUCAGAGCCAUCGCCACUAUCACCCCUGCAUCGCUCCGCGAAGAACCACCACCCCGACAAUGGAGAAAGUAGCAGCGCAAGGCCUAGGCUCUUCGGAGUGCCACUCGACGGGUGUUCCAUUAGCAGCAGCAAGCGUGGGUUGCAAGCAGAUGAGCCGACGUCGCCAUCGACGAAACCUCGCUUGGUACCACAAAACAUGGACUUAGGUCUCAACCUGAUGCCAUGUUAACCCUCACUUCAUCUCCCUAUAAUUAGUCCGUCCCAUUCAACUAAGUAUCUUCUUUUUCUUGAUCUCUCUAUCUUUGGUUGUGUCUUCUCAUUUAAGCUAGUUUCUUAGUUGCUUCUAAUGAGUCAUGUACAUAAUCAUCUA